AUGUGCACUCUUGGACUGUUAAAAAUGAGACGGCCCAAGGGCCGUCUCAUUCAUUGGGACCAGGAAGCGCAGCCCAACCAAAUCCAACACAAAUACGGGCCACGUGACGUUAGUCACUAUCAAAAAUGUGUCAGUAUUAAGCGAAUAUCUCGUUAUUACCCGGGCCCCUUCUAUGAUAGUCAACUAUGUGUGACACAUUUUCACCUGUCUCUCUCUCUCUCUGUCUCUCUGGUGCACCGAGAAAAGGAGAAAAGGGGACCUAAGAGCAUUAAAUUACCCGGCCAUAAUCGGCCAAUCGAUUCAGAGAGUUUCUUAUCAAUGAAGCUAGUGUCAUAUCACGUGAUCGGUCUUAUGCACAGAAGACUUUGGGAAAAAUCCCCGCCAGGCAAAAAUUCCGUUGGGAAAAAAGUCGUAAUACUUGUGGAAAAAAAAUUAAGAUUGUGGGAGACUCGAUGGACUGAUUACUUUUCCGGAGUACCAUCCUAA